AAAGAAAUUAUCCUUCUGAAGGAAUGAUUCUCCCGCCAAAACCCAACAAUUUCCAAAAAGAAGAAUUCAAAGCAACUAAACGAUCAUCUCCGAAUCACUGCCAGUCUCAUCAACUCCCAUCAGGAUUAAAAAUAAUUCGAGGAACCUUCGAAUUAUUAAAUCAACGAAAAUCUUCGCGAAAAUUCGAAAUAAAGAAUUGUCGAUUCGAGGCAUCCAAAGAACCGGAAAGAAUCGCUUUCGGAUCCAUCAUCCUGGCGAGAAAGAGGCAACGGAGACCGGGAUCGAAAGAUGGUGGAUCGUUUCGCAAGAAAGCGUACCGGCUGCUGCGGCGCGUUAUCUACCAGGCGAGGCUCAGGCUUCCGGACACGUUCUCGCACUCGCAGAAGAUGCAGUGCGUGGAUCAUAUCAUCGAGGUCCUCGACCUCGCCGCCUGCCAAGACACCAUUAUCGGGGAUUACACGAAACGAGGACUGUCCGGCGGCGAGAAGAAGAGGACGAGCAUAGCCUGCGAGCUGCUCACCAAUCCCUCGCUCAUGUUGCUCGACGAACCAACGAGCGGGUUAGACUCGCAUUCGGCACAGGCACUGAUUUCACGAUUGAAGAAAUACGCCGAACAAGAAGGCAAGAGCAUCGUGGUAACAGUGCAUCAGCCCAGUUCGAGGAUGUUCCACAGUUUCAGCAAGAUCCUGCUGUUGAGCCGUGGCCAGGUCGCGUAUUACGGCCCCACAGCGAAUAUCGGCAGGUUUUUCUCCACGAUCGGACUCACGCUGCUGCCACAUUACAACCCUGCUGAUUUUAUACUGGAGCAAAUAAAGGGGCCAGAGGAGGUUCGGGAGCGCAUCGUGGCCGCGGCGAGGAACGCCAGACAGGGACCUGACUGCCCGCCGGAACUUCGCCCCGAGUACAAUCCUAGCCAGCAUCCGCUCUGCGACCAUCUGAUCCAUUAUCACGAGCACCACAUCGGCCACAACGUGAAAGAGGACGAAGGUCGUACGCUGUGGUUGGACACGCAAAGCCAUGCCAGCAGCAGUGCCAGUUCCGCGGACGACGACUACGCCUGGCAGUGGCCCACCAGUUUCUGGUCACAAUUCAAAGUACUGUCAGAACGAAACUUUCAAGAAGCACGGCCACGAAUGCUGUCUCGUCUGAAUUGGCUGCAAACGAUAGCCCUCGGCCUGCUAGCUGGACUGUUGUGGCUAAGGCUUCCCAGAACAGAGGCGGCACUUCACGACAUCCAAGGCUGGAUGUUCUUCAGCACCACGUACUGGAUGCUUUUCGCGCACUUCGGUGCACUCUCCAGUUUUCCUCCGGAACGCGAGGUAAUCAACAAGGAGCGACUGUCAGGAUCGUAUCGGCUCUCGGCCUAUUACUUGGCGAAAAUGGUCGGCGAGCUACCGCUUACGAUUACGCUGCCCGCCGUCUACCAUAUCAUUAGUUACCCGAUGUUGGGCUUCCACAGUCCGGCAGUUUUCGUCACCCUGCUGGCGUUCCUCUUACUCAACACCAUCGUCGCGCAGAGCGUCGGAUUCUUCGUUGGAGCGUGCUGUCUGGACCUUCAGGUUAGCAUAACUGCAUCCGCGCUUUACACGCUCGCGACACAACUACUUGGAGGUUACUUGGCAACGGCGGUACCACCAUGGUUGGCAUGGGCUAGAUACGCGAGCAUGGUGCAUUAUGCCUAUCAGAAUAUGCAGAUCCUGGAAUUCGGUGUCGGCGAGCCAAUCACAUGCUCGCAACCGAGCAAGUUCCAGGAGUGCAGAAACGCGACGACGAUACCGGUGUCGGCGAUUCUAGAGAGCCAAGGCGGCGCCAGAGGUUCCGGUCUUCCACUGUGGGCGAACACGGCCGUCCUCCUGGCGUUCCUCGUCAUAUUCCGCACCCUGGGCUACCUGGUGUUGCGCUACUACCGCGUGCCCAAG